GUGCUUUGGAGGAGUUUCCCGCAACAUGGCUGCGAGCUGAGUGAAUCCCGGGUUUGGCGUUGCACGUUGCAAUCCAGUUCAGAAAGAAGGUUGGGGGGGCUGGCAGAUCCAAGCCCCCCCCCCAUUCCUCCUCCACCCCCCCCCCCCCCAAUCCUAGGUUGCAUCAUUGCAACCAAAGAGGUUAACGCAAAGCUAAUUUUCUUCCAAUGCUACUAUGGCCAAUGAGGAAGAUGAUCCUAUUAUACAAGAGAUUGACGUCUAUCUGGCUAAAAGCCUGUCGGAAAAACUCUAUCUGUUCCAGUAUCCUAUUCGUCCGGCUUCGAUGACUUACAAUGAGGUUACUCAUCUCUCGGCGAAGAUCAAACCGAAGCAACAGAAGGUUGAACUGGAAAUGGCCAUUGACACUUCGAAUUCCAACUACUGUCGUAGCAAAGGGGAACAGAUUGCCCUCAACGUAGAUGGCACGUGUACGGAUGAGACCAACACUUACUCUUCGAAGUUGAUGGACAAGCAGACUUUCUGCUCCUCGCAAACCACCAGCAACAUUUCACGAUACGCUGCUGCUAUCUACAAAAGAGGGGAGCUUCACUUGACUCCGUUGCAUGGGAUUCUGCAAAUGCGGCCAAGUUUUGCCUACUUGGACAAAGCGGAUGCAAAAUACCGAGAACGCGAAGCUGCUACCGAGCAUGGGGACUCUUCCCAGGAUGAGGCUGAGGAAGACGUCAAGCAAAUCACGGUGAGGUUCUCCCGGCCAGAAUCGGAGCAGGCCCGCCAGCGGCGAGUUCAAUCUUACGAAUUCCUGCAGAAAAGACAAGCAGAAGAACAUUGGGUUCACCUCCAUUAUUACGGUUUGAAGGAUAGUCGUUCCGAGCACGAGCGCCAGUAUUUAUUCAGCCAAGGUCACAGCAUGGCUGGGAACACGGAAUUAAUUAAAUCGCCAAGUGAAUACUUGAUGAUGCUGGUUCCACCAAGCGUAGAAGAAGAAAAGGAAAAACCGGUAGCGCCAAGCAAUGUGCUGCCCAUGGCUCAGUUGCGAACACUCCCUUUGGCCGACCAGAUUAAGAUUCUGAUGAAAAAUGUGAAAGUCAUCGCUUUUGCCAGUUUAAUGAGCCUCCUGGCCUCUGGGACGGAUCCGACUGCAGUUUUGCGAAGCAUCCAGCAGGUGGCGCUGCUAGUCCAGGGAAACUGGGUGGUGAAAAGUGACAUCCUUUACCCCAAAGAUACCUCCAGCCCACACAGUGGCGUCCCAGCUGAAGUCCUGUGCCGAGGAAGGGAUUUUGUUAUAUGGAAAUUCACCCAGGAUCGGUGGGUGGUACGGAAGGAAGUUGCUGCUGUAACAAAACUUGGUCCAGAAGAUGUAAAAGACUUCCUGGAACACGUCUCUUUCUUGAGGAUAAACCGAGGGUGGGAAUUCAAGCUCCGCUAUGACGAAGAUUUUGUCAAGAAACAUCCAGAUGUGGUGCAGAGGCAAAAAAUGCUUUGGAUGGGCAUUCAAGCCAAGUUGGAAAAAGUAUACAACCUAUCUAAAGAGCACCUGGCUUCAAAGAAACCAGCAGCACAGCCAGCUGCUCCAGUGGUGAUUUCUGGAGAGCAGAGGGUCAACUUGGCCAAGGCCAAAGUCAACCAGAGCUACAGCCAGCUGGACCAAGACCACCGAAAGAGGAAAGCCGAGAGCCGGUUGGACGAGUCUCCUCACCCAACGGGCCUCCUUGGAGUCCGUAUCAAGGAGGAACCGGUCAGCGACGAGGAAUCAAUGGAGACCUCUGUCCCGGAGAACCUCAACAAUGGACUGGUUAAUGGGAUCCAUUUGGAAGAUAGCCUGGACUCCAUCAACGGCCACAUGCCGGUUCCAGAGAGGGUCACCGAGGAACUGCGAGCUUUUGUGGGGGCCACCUUUAAGAAACAAUAUGUCCUGACUCUGAACGAGCUUAAACGGUUAUUUAACCUUCAUCUGGCUAGUUUACCUCCUGGGAAUCUUUUGUUCAGCGGAAUUUCGGACAAAACGUUACAAGACAUGGUGUUGGACAUAGGCUGCAAGCAGAUCAUGGUGCCUUUUCCUCCGCAGACCACAGCGUUACCCGACGAACAAAAAGUGUUUGCACUUUGGGAAGCUGGCGAUAUUCACGACCAGCAUCGGCAAAUUUUGCUCGAAAUCUUUUCCAAAAACUACCGGGUGCGUCGAAACAUCAUUCAGAACCGACUAGCCCGGGAAUAUGGCGAAGAUCUAGACAAACAGGAAGUGGAUAAAGUUUUGAAGGAUUGUUGUGUAAGCCAAGGAGGCAUGUGGUACCUCAAAGGGACAGUCCAGCAGCCCACCUCUUGACGAUGGGACUCGCCUCAGUUGCAUCUGGUUUCAUCCCAGGAUGGACAAAGAGAAUGCAGAAGGAUAGAAUAGGAAAGGAAAAAAAACAGCUCUCCCAGAUGGAAGAUCUACCAGCUGUACUAGCUAUUUGCAACGACGUCCAAACCACUAAUCUUGAAUGGACAGGGGAAUCUGUAUGUCCCCCUAGCUUAAUUUGGAUCCCUAAUAUAUCUAUAUUUCUCAAUCUUACUUAGAAGGAACCACGAAAUGAACAAUCCUUAAUACGGUGGCUGAACUGUUACGAAAUCAUGAUCUGACGGUUCAUUUUAUAAUGAAUGCCAAUAAAUUUCGAGUUUGCAGGAGGAGAUCCGGAUUUUUA